CCGUCCCCCACCACCCUGCACGAGGUGUUUCAGAACAUCUUUGACUACAUUGACCGCCUCUUCGCCAUGAUCCGCCCUCGCAAAGUGCUCUUCAUGGGCAUUGACGGUGUGGCUCCGCGAGCCAAGAUGAACCAGCAGCGCUCCAGAAGAUUCCGAGCAGCCAAGGACGCAGCAGACGCUGCAGCGGAGGAGGAGCGGCUGAGGAAGGAGUUUGAGCUGGAGGGGCGCAUGGUGCCGCCCAAGGAGAAGUCGGAGACGGUCGACUCCAACGUCAUCACGCCCGGCACGCCCUUCAUGCAGCAGCUGUCCGUCGCGCUGCAGUACUACAUCCACCUUAGGAUCAAUCAGGACCCCGCCUGGAAGAAUGUCAAGGUGAUUCUGUCGGACGCCAACGUGCCAGGCGAGGGAGAGCACAAGAUCAUGAACUACAUUCGCCUGCAGCGGAACCUUCCAGGCUUCGACCCCAACACACGCCACUGCAUCUACGGACUGGACGCGGAUCUGAUCAUGCUCGCCCUGGCAACACACGAAGUGCAUUUCACCAUUCUCAGAGAGGUGGUGUUUCAGCCCGGGCAGGUGGACAAAUGUUUUCUGUGCGGGCAGACGGGGCACCUGGCAGCAGAGUGUGAGGGCAAGCCGAAGCGCAAGAGGGGCGAGAACGACGAGAAGGAGGGGGGUGUACCCAAGAAACCGUUUCAGUUGCUGCAGUGCUGGGUGCUGCGAGAGUACCUGGAGCUGGAGUUCCGCGUGCCGGGGGUGGAGAUGGACCUGGAGAGGGUGCUCGACGACUUUGUCUUCAUGUGCUUCUUCGUGGGGAAUGACUUUUUACCGCACAUGCCGACGCUCGAGAUCAGAGAGGGUGCCAUCAACCUCCUGGUGUCAAUCUACCGCCGCGAGUUCGCCAACCUGGGAGGCUACCUCACAGAGAACGGCGAGGUGGAUCUGCGGCGAGUGGAGCAUUUCAUCCAGGCUGUGGCAGUGCACGAGCAGUCCAUCUUCAUGAAGCGCGCCCGCAUCCACCAGAGGCAGAAGGAGAGGAGGGUGCGAGACAGGCAGCAGAAGGAACGCAAUCAGUACCGCAAGGGAGACGAGGCCGCCCCCAACGUGCCCUCAUCCGCCCUGCAGCCACUGCCAGCAUCACAGCAGCCAACGCACCACGGAGGACUGUACAGCCGCAGCGACAUGAACCCUGCCUCUCGCAACUCCUUCGCCCUCCUCGCCACGCCGCUCGCCAACCCCAAUGCUGCUGCUGCCAACGGGUCAGCGGGGAGCAACCAGGCGGCUGCUGCUGCGCUGCGCGCCAAGCUGGCAGGCCACGCCACGUCAGCAUCGUCGGCCGACCCGGCUGCGCCACCUGAGGAGGAGGAGGAGGAUCUGCAGGAGGAGCUCAAGCUCAAGCUCAAGUCCGCGCUCAAGGACAAAUCAGACCUGUUUGCCGGGGGCAAGGAGCCGGAUGACGAGAUCCGGCUGGGUGACGACGGGUGGAAGGAACGCUACUACCAGCAGAAGUUUGGAGUGACGUCGUAUGAGGAGCAGGAGCGCGUUCGUCAGGAUGUGGUGCUCAAGUUUGUGGAGGGUCUAUGCUGGGUCAUGAGAUAUUACUACCAGGGCGUGUGCUCUUGGAACUGGUACUACCCGUACCACUAUGCACCGUUUGCAUCUGAUUUGGUGCGCCUGGACGAGUUGGAGAUUCACUUCUUUCUCGGCCGCCCCUUCAAGCCCUUUGAUCAGCUCAUGGGCGUGCUGCCCGCCGCCAGUUCCGGUGCGCUGCCAACAGCGUAUCGCAAGCUCAUGUCGGACCCAGCCUCGCCCAUCGUUGACUUCUACCCCACUGAUUUCAGUGUUGACAUGAAUGGCAAGCGCUUUGCUUGGCAGGGAGUGGCGUUGCUGCCGUUCAUCGAUGAAGACCGACUGCUAGAGGCCAUCAAGCAAGUCGAGUCCACUCUCACGCCGGAGGAGAGGAGGCGCAACAGCCAGCUGUGCGAGCUGAUGUACUUCUCAUCGGGGUACCCACUGGCAAAGACGGUGUGGGAGAUGAUGGGCAAGUGGGGGCAGCUCGAUGCCAAGGCGCGCGCCCACAAGAAGCACGCUAUCGACCCCUCCCUCAGCGAUGGUAUGAACGGCUACCUAGUCUUGUGUGACGGCCAGCCCUGCCCGCCCAUGCUGCGCGCGCCCAUGUCGGGCUUCGAGACCAUCACCAGCAACCAAGUCAUCUGUGUGGUCUACAAGAACCCAGACUUCCAUCGCCACAUCUGCCGCCCGCCAGCUGGCGCCGUCUACCCCCCCAAGUUGGUAUCAGAGCAGGACAUCAAGUCGGAGCCGCUGUGGCAUGAGGACACGUGGGGGCGGCGACGGCCGCAGAUACAGGACAGGCGGCCAGUGCAGAACGCCAUAGGAGGUCCUGCCCUAGGGGCGGCAGCCACUCGUCUGCUUCUCAACUCUCUCGGCGCGGCCGGGCGGCAGGGUGGGGCGGCAGCCGCCCAGCUGCGGGAAGCGCAGCAGCGGCUGAGUCACAUGGGCACUGCCGGCCCUGUGCCCCUGCCUGACAAGCGGCAGGGGGGUAUGGUGGACGAGGGGGGUACGGGCAAGCAGGGGGGUACGGGAGAGGAGGGUAUGGGGCGGGGCAACAGGGGUAUGGGGGGGGUCAGCAGCAGGGGUAUGGGGGCCAACAGGGACGGGGGUACGGGCAGCAAGGGGGAGGGUAUGGGCAGGGCAGGGGAGGGCAAUACGGCCAAAGUAGGCGCUGAUGCUGAUGCGGAGGUGGGGCACGGGUGGGGGGCGUUCACAGCGUGGGCCACGGCAAUGGAUGAAUCAUCCGCACCUCGUGCGUCGCGUGGCAGUGCUCUGUGGGCCGCACCCCUUUGUCUUCCAUCGCUGCCUGUCGCUCUGUGCCAUGGGGCCAUGGACGAUGCGUACCUUGCUCUGAGAUGUCUCAAGCCGCUACCCAUUUCUCACCCCCUCCGAAAUUUUGCAACCAGAUCGGGCACGGGUGGGGCGCGUUCACAGCCCCCUCACGCUGCUGCGCUACUUCUGCUGGUGUGGGUCUUCUUGCUUUACCGUGCCAGUCCAUGCCAUACCAUGCCAUGGCUUGACUUGCCGUGCCAUACCAUGCCAUGGCUUGACUUGCCGUGCCAUACCAUGCCAUGGCUUGACUUGCCGUGCCAUACCAUGCCAUGGCUUGACUUGCCGUGCCAUACCAUGCCAUGGCUUGACUUGCCGUGCCAUACCAUGCCAUGGCUCGACUUGCCGUGCCAUACCAUGCCAUGGCUUGACUUGCCGUGCCAUACCAUGCCAUGGCUUGACUUGCCGUGCCAUACCAUGCCAUGGCUUGACUUGCCAUGCCAUACCAUGCCAUUGCUUGCCGUGCCAUGCCAUGCCGUGGCUUGGCUUGCCAUGCCGUGCCAUGCCAUUCUACACCAAUGGUUGCACCUCUGCAAAGACCACCGAUGCAUCGCACAUCCAUUCCGGUCGCUCACUGCUUCUCAAUGCCCACCCACCCACUGCUCUCGAACAUCCAUCCCCGCCCCGCGCCGCACCCGUUCCCCCCAUCCCGCCCUGCAGUCCUCUUCCUCGUGCCUUGGCUGCCCGAAUGGCUUCUGCGGCGCAACAACGUCUGCCUUGUUCUGUUACCAAGCCUUUCUGCCAUCUGGCCCUCAUAACCCCAUGCUCCCAUGUCGUCUCUCCCUCCGUCGUAUCCGCCUCUCCCACCUCUCUCCACCUCUCUCCACAUCUCUCCCUAGCUGUGCAGCUCUGCAGCGUGUCUGUGCAGCUCUGAAGCGAGUGUACCGCGAUGAGCCGCUAAGCCCACUGCCUCCUGCCCUCCUGCACAGUCAUGUUGAAGCGUUCUCCACCAAUGGCGCGCUGACAGCUGGCAUCUCUUACCACAGGGCGUUCCUCAGGGGGCUGUGGCGGUUCGGCCGCCCGGUACCCGUGCCGCACAGGGUGCUCGUGUUGUGGGCGGGAAAGGACAAAUACGCCCGCCCGCACAUGGCGCAGCCACCUCCCGCCCUUGUGCCCAACGCGCAAGUGGUGCAUUUUCCCGAGCUGACAUAUUGGAUGCAUCGUAGUCGCGCAGCAGAGAUGCGCGUGAAGCGGCAGCGGGAGGUGCGGCGCCAUGUGCGCUUCUACCGCACGAGCUGCGGCUUCCGCGAGCCGUUCAAGGCCGUCGCGGACGGCACGUUUCUGCACCACGUCACGCGCCUCCGCCUCUCGCCGCUCGCCACGUCACUUCCCAAGCUGCUCGGCUUUCCGACACGUGUCUACAUCACACGGUGCAUUUUGGCGGAGCUGCAGCGCCUGGGGGAUGCUUUCAAGGACACGCGCUUUGCUGCCCGCCAGCUGGAGGUCGCCAGGUGCACGCAUGAGGGCGACGAGGCAGUGACGGCAUCGGAGUGCAUACAGCACCUCGUGGCGGGUGGUAACCAGCAGCACUUCUUCGUGGCCUCGCAGGACAUUGAAUUCAAGAAGCUUCUCAAGAAGGUGCCAGCAGUGCCAAUCAUCUCAGCCAAUGGGACGUCAAUCUCCCUCGAGCCGCCCUCUCCUCUCGACCUCUCCCUUUCCAAGAAGUCCGAAUCUGCCCGGCUCGGGCUGCCUGAACACGAGCAGCAGCAAUUGCUGCUGGCGCGGGCAGCCAAGCGAAAGAAACGAAUCGAGGAGACACAGAAAGGGCUUGUUCCUACAGUCGUCGACAGGACGAGGCAGCGAGGCGAUGUUGGUGGGAGCGAGAGAAAAGCAGAAACGGGAGUAGAGGGAGGAGGCGAGGGGGAGGGUGUUUCUGGGAGUGAGGGAGAAGGGAGGGAUGGGGCAGGUGGUGAAGGGGUGGAGGAGGGGGUCGGGGGGGCAGGAGGGGUAAAUUCAAAUGCAGAUGCGUAUGGGUAUGGAUAUGAUUCGGAGGAGGAGGGAGAGGAGAGGAAGCCGGAGUGGAAGCGGCUGGGGUAUGUGAAGGACCGGGCCAAGUUCAAACGGAAGCGAGUGAAGGGACCCAACCCUCUAUCAUGCAAGAAGAAGGCCCGCCCAGCAGGGGGAGUGGGGAGUGAAGGAAAGAGACAAGGGAUGGAUGGAGCAGGGCCGAAAAAGAGGCAGAGGAGACGGCGGAAGGGAGGCCAGGCGGCUGAAGGAGGUGCGGUGGAUGGGAAUGGUGGAGCCUCUGAAUAG